UAGGAAAGCGGGAAGGUGAGUGCGACACGAGUUCAAAGGGCACAGCGGUGGAAGCUUCCCGGACAUAAACAUAGAUGUAAACAGGAGGACGUGUUUGAGGACAGUGUUUUCCAGCUCUGAGACAUGAGGCUCUUAUCGAAGGCGGUGCAGGCUGCAGUGAGUCAGAGGGGGCGGAGCCACAGAUACUUCUGGGGUUGGCUCAAUGCAGUUUUCAACAAGGUGGACUAUGAGAGGAUCAAGUCUAUCGGUCCUGACCGAGCUGCAGCAGAGUGGCUGCUGAGGUGUGGGGCCAAAGUGAGGUUCCAAGGGUUCGACCGGUGGCAUCAGGACUACAACGGACUUCCCACUGGAGCCCUGGACCGAUACAAGAUCCAGGCCAUCGACGCGACUGAAUCCUGCAUCAUGUACAGAGGCUUUGAUCACCUGGAUGGUUUGAAACAUGUGGAGGAAAUGAAGUUCAACAAGUGCAUCUACAUUGAGGACGCGUGUCUGGACAGGCUGAGCUCGAUAGAGAACCUGCAGGAGAGCUUGAACACGAUGGAGGUGGUGUCGUGUGGGAACGUGACCGAUAAGGGCGUCAUCGCCCUUCACCAACUCAAGAAUCUGGAGUCUCUGUUUCUCAGCGAUCUGCCGGGAAUCAAAGACAAACAGACGACAGCAGACCGACUGCAGACGGCACUCCCACGUCUGGAUUUAACGCUGGACCUGAACUGACAGCUUCUCAAUUUGUAGAGCAGGUUCUUAUUGUAAUGACCCAAUGUUGAAGCAGGAGAGUGGAGCUGCAGGGCUUCGAUUGUCCGAGAACCAGAUCCUUAAGAUCCUGCAAAUGUGAUGCCAGCCUCCAAGGGUUUAGUUGUGGAGACGGUGCUGAUAGUGAGUUAACGUCUAAGCUUGUGUGAUCAAAGGUUAAAGAAACAAUCCAAACAAGAAAGGAAGAAAACAGUUAAAGCACUUUAUGAUGUCGACACCAGUUCUUUUUUUUGAUUGGUUGAACAUUUCUUUACUUUAUUAUAUUCUCAACAUGUGGUUCCACAGGCAGAAACAGUUUGUGAAAAUUCUGAGGAUUUACAGGAUUUCAAAUAAUUUCUCCUUAGAUUAAUUUGGCGUUUGUACAAAAAUCUGAGGCGAGACGGACGUGUGGAAGACGUCCUUAGCACCAGAGCUCCAGAGACAACGAGUACAAAGUGGUGCUGUUCCUGAUAAGUGACGGCGAGGGGGAGUCGAGGGAAAGUUUCAAAGUGUAUUCACUCCUGAUCUCAAUAAAUAUUUCCAGAAAUGCUCA